AUGUUGAAGCAGUUGAAUUAUAUACUCGAUACAGAUAACUUCAUAUGCAAAGUAAAUAAUUCAUCUAAAUUUAGAUUUCUCCAAUAUCACAACUUUUUAGAAUCUCUUUAUCUCUAUUUAUGCAUUAAAUCUAAAAAGAGAGAGAACUCAUAUAUGGAAAAUAUGGUAUAGUUUGGUUGGAUGCUGAAACUAAUCCCAGUACUUGA